AUUUUCAACUCAAUCAUUUUCAAAUUCAACAAACAAACGAAUCGUGUGCUAGCCUUUGCUGUAGAGAAGGUUAUGCUAAUGAAAUACACAUAACUGCUGGGCUAAAAAAAUUUCCAGCCCAUUAUUCCGGCCCAUAAGAGUUGCACAUCCUUUUCUUUGGUAAAUGACAUACAGGCCUAUACGUUUCAUCUUUUGAGCUGGGGCAUUUUUGUUCGUAAUAUUGUACAUCCCUACUUCUCUUUCUUUCUGACGAAAAUCUCAACCGCCAAAACCUGCCGCCACCACCGCGCCACGCCACCUCCCAGUCUCCGGCCGCGGCCUGCCCGCCCUCCAGAGCCUCCAACGCCGACGCUCAAUCGCCAACUGGAGACGAUUAUUCCUCCCGUUGGAAUUCGAGGGUGAGUUCUCUGAAACUUCGAUCAUGUUUGCGGUUUGCCACGUGUUGAAUUUGAAUGUGGAAAAUGCGGCGAGUUCAAAGUGGCCAACGGAGCUUAACGCGACUGUGUAUUUACAUAGCUAAUCUCUUUUCAUUUCUAUGGUUAUUUGUCCAGAAAGCUCAAGCUAUAAGGAGAAGGCGUAUCUAUGCUCUCGACUUCUCACAAGCUUUCCUGGCGAGUUUGUUCUGCACCUGAGAUACUAUGUACAAAGUGGUGGAUUGGAGGUCGACUUAGUUUCCUGCUUGGGAAUGGAAGGAAUUACAGAACGCAAGCCUGUAGAGAACCUAGCAUUGAACAGUUUCAGCCUGACCCACUAUUGUACAAUCAUCGUCCGGUCUACGGUCAUCCUCCUGUGAGAAAUUUUAGUUCCGACCCCUUACACGAAGCAAAAAGCCUUCAGCACUGGUACAAGAACUGGCAAGAGAGAAGGAAAACCAAAUUGACUGCAAGCACAUUUGGUGGGGCGAUCGGGUUAUGGCGUGGGCGUAGGGUGCAGCUGUGGUUAGAAAAGAUUGGUGCAGAGGAGCCAUUCAAGGGAAACUGGGCAACGUGGUGGGGCAAUGUUAAAGAAAAGGAAGCACUUCAAAGGUACAAAUUGAUUACAGGGCAUGAUAUUGCAUUUCCCUUGUUUCAACUUUAUGGGGAGAGAGAUCCAGAACAUGAUUGGAUAGCAGCUUCGCCUGAUGGGUUGAUAGAGAAACCAUUUUAUGGACUGCCAUCUAGAGGCGUGCUAGAGAUAAAAUGUCCGUUUUUUGAUGAUAUGAAAGAUGCUAAGCCAUGGAAACGAAUCCCCCUCUAUUAUAUCCCACAAGCUCAGGGUUUGUUGGAGAUCAUGGAUAGGGAUUGGAUGGACUUUUAUAUGUGGACUCCACGAGGAAGUAGUCUAUUCAGAGUACAUAGAGACAGAGAGUACUGGAACGUUAUGAGGUUGGCACUUUCGGAUUUUUGGUUGAACCAUGUUUUGCCAGCUAGAGAACUGUGUAGUACGAAAAAUAUUAAGAAUCCUCGUGUGGAGCUGCCUUCACUCAGGCCUGCUCCUAAACACGAGUCUUGUGAUUAUAUAAUUAAAGAGAGCAGACGGAUUGUAGAUGCUUCUCCGUUGUUGAUUCGUGAGAUUGAUGGAGUACUUCAACCCAUAUGGCAACCAGCUUCACCUACAAUGAACCAGCAUGAUUUUCAAGACUACUGCUUGCCAGAUAGUGAGUGAAUACACUUUAUUCCAAUUUGUGUUUCCAGACUCAGGUUAUGCAGCUGGAUGCCUGCAUAUGGAAUUAAAGAGUUGAAAUGGGCGUCUAACAAGUGACCGAAGAAGUCAGCCCUUGCCAGAUACUGCAGCACUCCUUUCCCUCGUUCCCUCUCUCUCUAUUUUUCGGUCAGCAGCAUGUCAGAUAACAGAAAUGCUGCCAACUCAUGCUGCUGGCAACUGCUUCCAGUAAGCCAUCUGGAGCUUUAGCCCAGCACUUCACUCUCCAUUUCCUUCACUUUAGUGGUUGCUUUGGUAUGCAUAUGAAAAGAUAGGUGUGUUGGGAUGCUUAACCAAGAGCUAAUUUUCUCUGUUUUAACUUUCUUGCUGUUCAGCCUUUUCCAAUAGGAGUCAUAGCAGAGAGAAGCAUCCAUGAGAAAUGGACAUGUUGGCUAGAGAAAGAAUUAAAGGUGGCAUUUUGCUGAUUCUGAUGAAGCUUCUGUGGCCACCCUUUAGCUUUCUACAUGUCCAUCAAGCUGCAUGACAUAUGAGCUGUUAACUGAUAUGCACGUGAUGACGUAUUAGUUGCUAACUGAUAUGCAAGCAUGACUUUCUCUUCCUGUCUGGAAUAUAUCAUUAGUUUUUAGGGUCGCCAUAGUUGGUUUCCCAGUUUACAGGUCUAGCGUGAGUUGAGCUUAGACGAGAGCAAAUGUCAGCAGCCUUUUUUUUUAUCUCUACGAAAUUCAUCUGAAAAAAUGAGGUAAAUUCACUCUCCUUACUGUCCUAUCAGUUCUUAUUGACACAAAUGGUAUCUUUAUUGAUCAAUGUAAUAUUAUAACAUACAAUACUAGCAACACAACAAAUUAGUAUCCAGGCUUCAAUGCAAUCAAUUAAUCAGCUCUUAUGUUCAUUGGCAUAGGAAAGCGACAUCAGCAUUCUUGUCACUGCAAUACGAGCAAGGAUGCUGAUUCUCAAACCCUUGUCUGUUCAACACCUCCCUAGCCAUCCCCACAAUUUGCUUUUUGCUUAACGCACCUGGAUUCUCCUUCAACACCUUCUCACCUGCAUUGCUGAAUGCCCCAUAAGCUUUACUACUACCUUCACCCGUCGUGGUGGUAGGGUUGAUGUCUGCAGAGGUCUCAUUUGCUUGGCACCCACUCAAAAGAAUCCCCUCAUCAUAAGAUGAUCCGACUUGAAGGGGAUCGACAAACCUGAUGCUCGCAUCAGAACCAAAGAGCUCGAGGACGUUGGUCCCGAUGUCCGAGGUGUUGGUUUUCGUCAGGGAAAUGAGGUGUUGGAGGACCGCUUGGAAAGGAAUGGUCUUGGGGGAGAUGGAGAAGUUUUGUUGCAGUGAUUUUGCAGAAAGAAGUGUGGAUGAUGGUCCUAUUUGUUCUUUUUCCUUGUCGAUCAAGCCGCCGCUGUGGCAUGAAUCAGAAAGGAUUGUGAAGGUUUUGCUAGGUUUGGAAGUUGCUUGAAAGGGUGGUUGAUGGUUAACUUGAUUGGGGUUGACAAGGUUUGGAAGUUGCUUGAAAGAAACUGUUGAGGUAUGC